AUGGACGACUUUCUGUCUACUUGCCACCAAGCUGUCCAGGCGGACGCUUCGCUCCCGUCGGGACGGCUCUUCCACGUGGUUCUGGGCAACGAGGCCUGCGACCUGGACUCCAUGGUGUGCGCGCUGGCGUACGCCUACUUCCUGUCCAAGACGCCGGGCGACGAGGCGACCCUCAGCGUGCCGCUGCUCAACAUCCGGCGUUCGGAGCUGCCCCUGCGUUCCGACAACUUGUUCCUGCUGCGCCAGGCCGGCCUGUCGCCCGACGUCCUGCUCUUCCGGGACCAGGUGGACUUGGCGGCGCUGCGGCGGACGGGUCGCCUCCGCCUCACGCUGGUGGACCACAAUGUCCUUCCCAGUUGGGACGCCGAGCUGGAGGGAGCGGUGGUGGAGGUGAUCGACCAUCACGCGCUGGAGAGAGAGCCCGCGCCUUCGUGCCCCGUGACGGUGGAGACGGUGGGCUCCUGCGCCACUUUGGUGACGGAGCGCCUCCUGCAGAAGGCGCCGGACGUGGUGGACGCGCAAUUGGCUCAGCUCCUCUACGCGACCAUCUUGAUCGACUGCGUCAACAUGGCGCCCGCGGCGGGCAAGGCGACGCCUAAAGACAGCCGCUGCGCCGCCGCCCUGGAGGAGCGCUUCCCCUCGCUUCCGCCGCGCGACGCUCUCUUCCGGGCGCUGCGCGACGCCAAGUUUGACGUAUCAGGCCUUAGCACGGAACAGAUGUUGUUGAAAGACAUGAAGACUCUCGGGGGAAGCGUCUCCAUCGCUGUUUCUGUCAUCUACCUGUCCAUGGAGGCCUUCAUGCAGCGGGCGGAGCUGGAGGCGGAACUUUCCGCCUUCUGCGCCGAGCGGACUUUGGAUCUCCUGGUGCUGAUGAGCAUCCGCUUCACGGAGGCCGAGGAACCCGUCAGAGAGCUGGCAGUCUUCGGUCUCGGCAUCCCCUGCAGGGAACAGGUCAGCCGCUUCCUGGAGCGGGCCGGAAACCCCGCCUUGGACCUGCGUCCCAUCAGUAGCCCCCAUCCUCACGUGGUGGCCUAUAACCAAGGAAACGCCUGGGCGUCGCGGAAGAAGGUCCUGCCGCUACUCAAAGACUUCGUGAGGCGGUGCGACGGCGAGGACGACGGGGAGGAGGGAUCGCGGGUGCCGCCCACGCCCACCAACAGCCUGGUGGAGGGCUGCCCCCUGGACGCCGGCAUCAGCGCGCACGCUCUGCACGAUAAAUUGGGUCGGACGGAUGCCCGUUGA